UUAAGUCACAAGACUCACAAGGAUACUGUUAUUCCGAAUGAAGAUGAAACUAAGGCUAAUGUAAAGCGACUAUGUGGCACAAAAUUGUCUGCUGAUUGGAGUUUGAAAACCAGAGUUCGGUUUACAUCAUCUCGCGCCUUUAACUGGUGUUCUAAAAUGCUUGGAAAGCAAGAAGCUAGAGGGCUCUGUAAAUUUGUUCAACACCAAGACCCAAACAGCGAUGAUGAUUCCACAUGUUUUCAACAGAACAUUAUGUAUUGGAUUCACCCCAUACUACCAUGGCUAUCCCUCUUCCCUCGGUUAACAUCUGACAUGAAGUUAACCAGCAAAGUACCAAAUGUUGCUGAAAAUCAAGAUAUUGCAGAUGCCUUACAAGCCAGCUGGUGCCAAAGUUUUCGCUCGUUGUUUAAUCUCCUCCGUUGUGGCAAUUGUGAUUAUUUUUAUCUAUGUUCAGCACAGUUCACAGUCCUGUUCCGAGCUGCAAUGAUUGGGGGUGUGGCCUCAACAUCAGCAUAUGUCACCCCCACAACCAAGGGAAUAAGGGAAGGUUUUGAUAAAGAAGGUAAAUAAAUACUAUAUUAUAAGAUAUGAUAUAUCUUUAAUCAAAUAGUAGUUUCAUACUUAUUAAUGGGUAGAGCAGUGGUCUAGAAAACCAAAGAUGCAAGUUCGAAUCCCUGAGGAUCAGGGCUGCAAAUAAAUAUUUGACUUGACAGGACAUUUGUCCGAUCACUUUUAAUUUUGGUCGGACAUAACUUGAAUUUAGUCGGACAAAAACCAACAUCACUAAAUUUGGUUGCACAUAUAUACGUCACAAGAUAUAUAUAUAAGUUACGAGACAAGUAUGUACAGUAUAGCCAUUCUGGCACAACGAUAAGUAAAAUGCUAGAAUGCCUCGUAAAUUUAAUUGCAAAAUUCAGAUUGAGUGAAUUUGCAAUCGGAUUUUGUCGCAAUUGUAUAAUGUGACAAUUUUUUUGUGAUCGGACCAAUGUCCGAUCAAAAUUACUUUUGCUUGGACAUUUGCCAAAUUUAGUCGGACAUUGUCCGACAGUAAUUUUCAGCCCUGGAGGAUGGUUCAGAAAUUUAAUCAAAUAGUCUCAGAGAAUAAAGUAUAAAUAGAGGUGGAGGCAUGGAGCUGUUCAAUGUACAGAUAUACCAAUUACCACCCUUACUAAAAAUUGAUACAGGAAUUCCUGUAGGAAGCUGAAGUUUAAAUAGAUUCCUAUAGGAAUUUCUAUAGAAAUAAAAUUGAAUUUCCUGUAAGAAUUUAGCCUGCAAGCAGGUGUUUAUUUUAGAAAUAAAUACCUGCUUGCAGGCUAUUAAGGAUUUUUUCCAUAAAGUAAUUCCUAUUGGAAUAAUCCAAAAUUCCCAUUAGGCUUUCCUAUAGGAAUUUUUUCACCAGGACUGAAUCCAAUAUGGGUAUAAUGAACAUUGAGUUUUGGUGAUGUACCAAAUUUAUGAAAUACUAGCCUCAUGCCCUCUUUCCCUUGUCAAACAUUAACUCAUUGAUACCACAUGUUUCUCCAUUGAGAUAGACCAAAAAUUACAAACUAAAGUAAGGUAGCAUCAUGUAACAUCAAAAAACUGCUAAAACAUAUUUUCUAUAAAAUUAAUCGGAUUUACUCAACAAUGUAAAAAUUUUAGAAAUGGUGCAUGAUUUUGUGAAUGGACAUAACUUUCUUGGAGCAUAGCAUACUGUACAUUAAGAGGCUGGCUAUGCAUGUCAGCUGGAUACUAGGUUUUCCCAUUGGAUAGUGAUUCAUCCACCUUUUGUACAACUCAGGCCCCAGUGUACUGUAGCAUUAUGUGGCCUGGGCUAAUUUAUUAUUUUACUCUGUCCAAAGCCAACAACGACAAGGGGAGAGCACUGGUGCUCAAUGGCUUAAACAGGAUCAUGAGAAUUGCCAACUAAUUUACAACCAAGUUUUUCAUCUUAUUAAUGAUUAGGUAUCUCCUACACCUUACCUGUCCUUGAUUUGCCAACAAGUGUAUCCAAUGAUAACAGUGAUGAUGAACAUGUAGAAAAUGAUCCAUUAAAAGAUGAUGUUGAUGAUAACACAUGUUGGUUGGAAAGUAUGGGCGUGGCUAAAGAAACACUUCCACAGUUGCAACAAAGUAAAAUUAACCAACAACGAGUCAAGUUAAGAAAUAUUGAUCAUCACAGUUCAUCGCUUGCUGUAGUAACUGGCAGUCAUACUCAAGCAUUGUUUAACUAUUUACUAAAUAAUAAAACCCUGAUAUCAAAGACAGGAUCUCAUGCUGGUAUUCCACCCACUCUACUGGCACCUGUAGCAUUUGAUGGUGCCACCUUGAAAUCACUCAAUGCAAAACAUGGUAUGGUUAAUUUAAAACAAGGCAAGAGUCUGGAAAAGGUAAGAACGACUCUGCACCAUCCAGGAUUCGGUUGUACCAGGGGUUGUACGAAAGGUCAGAUAGUGCUAUCCACCAGAAAGUGGUUUUUUCAAAGCUUUCUGAAAUUGUUUGCUGAUUGUUACACUUCAGACUAUUAAACUUUAGCAUUUAUAAAUUAAAGUGUCAUAGUUUCAUUUUAUUAAUCGUGAGGUUCAUAUCCGUAGUCAUAGUAAUACAAGGCAAAAUUUCCACAUAAUCAUAUAUUUCAACGACAACGCGUUUCUGGCACUGCCAUCAUUAAGCCUGGUUUCCAUAUGGUCGUAAGGUCGUAAAGAACAAAGUCAAAGAUGGAGUCACGAUCUUUCUCAUCAGUCGAAAUACAACAGUUUAGAACUGAAAAUACGCCGAGUGAUUAUAACUAGAGAAUACUUAUGAUUCAAAUGUGGUUUAGAACUUUAGAGAAUUAGAGGUAUAAACUAUUAUAAACUGGCCGUUGAAAAAGAUCGUGACUCUAUCUUUUACGACCAUAUGGAAACCAGGCUUAGUUAUACGUAAUACGGCCUUCAAAAUAGGUUACGAAGUUCACCGCCUGCUAAUUUUUUUAAAACUGCAUGAUUAUAUUCUACAUGCACUUUUAAGUCUGUGUUUUUCAUUGAAUUUAUAACGUUUAACCAUUUGUGGAUAUACACUCAGAGUAACAUCACAAACAUCAUAUUCACCUGAGUACAUUACACCAACCAGGGCCGUAGCGAAGAGGAUAAAGAAGGGGGUGUAGUGUCACUUUUGCCGACAAUUAAUAUUUUCCUCCAAAAUUGUUGGAGGGGGGGGGGAGUCGUAAUUUUUUUUUCCGGACACACAAAAAAUUUUCCGGUCAUAACGUUGUUUUUCCAGACAUACAAAAAAUUUUCCGGAUAUAUCAGAAUUUGUUUACUAAUCCGUAAUUUGAGUGAAUUUAGCUAAAUUUUAGCUAAAACUAUUACUUUUUCGUCCGAACCACUCUAAUAUUUUCGACCAUUUUCGCAGCUUACGGAAACGAUUUGCCGAUAAAACCGUUAUUUUGCCGAAAAGACAUUUUCAGGGAGGGAGUGUCACACUCCCUAUAGCGACGGCCCUGACACCAACACAGAAAAAAUCAUGAUUACUAGAUUGCAUUGAUAUCGAAGGAACUAGACUCAGUUCCGAAAUAUCACCUACUCGAACCGACCUGACCACGUAGCUCAGUUGGCAGAGCAUUGGGCUAGUAUUCCAAAGGUCGUAGGUUCGAUUGCCACCGUGGCCAGGCAAUGUGUUUAUGCCAUAAAAAUAAUUAACAUCAAGCACGAGUUGUGAUGUGGGUCGUUAAGAUAUGUAAUUUAUGCAGGGUUCAAUUUCAUUGACCAAUCAGAAGCAGUCUGUUGUCAGCGGGCGGGCGUUUGCCAUUUGCUGUGCUCACGGGCUGUCAGCUGUGCUCACUUGCAUACUGCUUCUCACACUGUGCACUUGAUUUCCCACCCACUCACUCGAUAGUGUUUCCCCCCUGCUUGCGUUGGCACGGGCUGCGGUGGCGCCGGCUGCUUGCCGGGUUUUUGUUUUCAGGCUGCUUGCCUGUGCUCGCUGGCUGCUUGCCGGCCUACUUCCAGCUGCUUGCCGGCCCCUUGGGCUGCCUGCCUGCCCUCCCUCUUGCUGUAUGCUCGAUCUCGGGCUAUUGACCCCUCCCCAUCCGGCUGCUUGCCGGGUGUUCGGCUGCUUGCCGAUGUGUGUAUCUGUGCAUCAGCAUAUUUAAUUUCGUGAGUUGUUCGUCUGCUUGUACGUUCGUUUGUCCCCUCACCAUGAGUCCUUAUGUCUGUCACUGAAGCACUUAUUGUCUGUUGUGUGUGUCUUUGGCACAGCGUAAAUGGUGGGAGUAGUCCUUUUGUCAACCGUGUUCGUUAUUUGCAUUAUGCCGCACCCGCUCAUCGGGCUUGCUCCCCGGCUAGUCCGGGUGAUUUCUUUCUAGAUUGGUAUCCAGCGUUCUUUGGUUUCCCUUUGGUCGGUAGGUGCAUAUAGUUAGUUGUGCUCGGCUUAGUAUGCUUACCAGGUAAGAUAUCUCGUCCGUUCAUGUUAAUAUUCGUUCGGAGUUUUUAUUACUUCCGUCUCCACCUGUGGUGUGACGUUAGCUCUGUCCUUGGAGAGGCUAAUUCUCGGCAUCAUUGAUAUUAGUCAAGUCGGGAUGCUGGGAUGGCUGAAAGUCUCUUCUACCGAGAAGACAGCUGCGCAGAAUGGAGUUCAUCGUAAGCCGGCUUGCCGAGUAAACUAAGCAGCCGGAACCUCUCAGAGAAUUGAGAAUAGAGAACACCCUGUGAAUAGAGAACACCCUCCAGAGAAUUGAUUGCUUAAGCUCGAGUGCGUUAGAUUCACCUGAGUACAUUACACCAACACAGAAAAAAUCAUUAUGUUUAACCAUUUGCAAGAGAAUAACUAGAACAAACAUACAGAAGUGAUUUUUGACAUUAACUACAAUCUAAAAACCAAAAACUUGCAGGCUAUACAAACACAGUAGUCGGAUGGAGUGUUCUUUGCUUUUUUCCGCAUUCAUCAACCUGCAUAACAUUCAUUAGGCGAUUAGCGGUUUUUUAAUUGAGUGACCCAUUUCUUUUCCUUUCAUCCAUUCUUAUACUGCAGUAAACAAGCUCAGCUGACUACCAAUUGAUGAAGCCACAAACUGGACAAAAAGAUGGCCACACUUGAAACGGUAUCAAAACUUAUAUUCCAGAUUUGUAAAAUAAUCCUCUGCGCCUAUUCUCACCACUGACGCUUACUUAAAGUAAUUUUGAAAGCCUUGCUAUAAGGCCUUGCCUUAUAGCAAAUCCUUGCUACAAGGCCUUGCCUUAUACGUUGUCGUUGGUGUCCGCCAUGCUCAAACUCUUUAAUAGUAAACGUAUUGACUGUUUUGUUUUCCAGAAAUACAGCCUGGAUAUCACUGGUCCCAUUUUACCUGGAAAUUUCUCAAAGUUAUGUCAACUCUUUGAAUCAACUCAGCAACAUCAAUUUUCUGCUGUUAUGAAAAACCUUCAAGCGACAGCACCAUUUAAUGUUCUACCGCCUGACAUGCAAGCACAAGAUCAGAGUGAUGAUGAGAACUUCCUCAAACAACCUUCCAACUUGGGUACAACUAAUUUAACAUUCAUCAAAUGUGAUGAUGAGCUCUAUACAUGGGAAACCAGCUGAUAGUCGUCUGAUGAAUGUGAUGACACAUGCUGGAAUAUUACAACAAUAUUUUAAAAUGCUAGAUUUCAUCAAUUGAUGAUUCCAGCUAUACUAUAGACUUAAUUUUGAUCUAGGCAAGAACAACGAAAUCCAUCACCACAGCUAGAAAGAGCAUCUUAUACAAUUAGUAAAGUUGCAAAUUUUGUUUGCGAAAUGUUGUAAAAUGCGGAAAAUAUGGCCCUGCGAAAUUUGCAAGUUUUGUAUUAAUAGAGAGUUUAAGCUUCGCGUUAUACGGCAAACGGCAAACGCCAGGCAAAGAAAAAUUU